GGGAAACGGGAACGGGACAGUUGCUUUCUUCAUUGAAUAAUCUAAAUAAUUAAUACGAAGUGGUGUUUUGUGGUUAAUGAUCGCAUUAAGUUAGUCGGAAGACAUUCGCGAGUGUUAUUAUAUUGGAGUAUUCAAUAAACAAAGUGUAUCUGCCUAUUUUCGCUUCGUGCCAGGAAGCCGCUUCAUAACUCAAAAGUUUAUGCGGACUUUUGAGUUAAUUCGUUUGGGGUUCGGAGUAGGAGUCUACUCCGAGGGUGGGGGCUUAGGUUUCAUCAUCAUCACUUUUCAUCAUUUCAUUAAUCAUCAAGAAAAAAAAAUACGUCAGACAUGGCUGUAUGGGCAUAGUUCCCUUUGCCUUACCCUUCGGGGAAAACCAAAACAAAAAAAAAAAAGAGUACAUCUCAACUCAACCAGCUGCAAACAUAACCUUACAUUUUGUUAUAAUAACAUGGUUUUUUCAAUGUUUGUAGAAUAUUAAGUAAAUAAAAGUGGGAUCACAUAUACACUACAGCAUAAAUAGGAAUGAAAUUACCCGAGACUUCAACUAUGAAGCCUACUAAACGUGUUCCUGACUUCAAAGCUCUGGAGUUGCAACUCACAGAAGAUUCCGUAUCACCACAUACGAUAUAUUUCAAGGAGCAUUCAGUGAGAGAGCAUACAGCAGACAAACCUUCAGGGCGAACUCUUCUAGUAAUCAAUUUACCGUCAUAUGUUGAUGAAAAAGGAUUAUCGAACGCCUUCAGUGAAGCUGGCAAGGUACAGUCUGUAAUGUUUUACCCCAAACCUACCACUGCUGAAGUCAAACCGGUCAAAAAAUUCCUUCCAGAAAGUCCUAUAACAACAUUCAAGGUUGCCUAUUUAGUGUUCACAAAGGUAUCUGAACUAGAUAAAGCUCUGAAACUAACAGAAUUACAGCCAAUGAACUCUGAAGAUCACAAAGUAAAAGUUGGCAUAAAGAAAUGGAUAGAGGACUACAACAGUUCAGUAUAUCAGCCAAAAUUAUUGAAAGAAAAAGUGGAAACAUUUAUGAAGCAGUAUGAUGCGGAAAUGAAGAAAGCAGAGAAGAAAGAAAAACAGCUGGAACAGGAAGAUGAUGAAGGAUGGAUCACAGUAACCAAGCAUGGCAAGGUUCAAAGCAUUGCUCGGACAGAAAAAGUAGAAAAUAAAAUCUUAGCAAAGGAUGAAAAAGCUAACAAACGGAAGGAAUUGAAAAAUUUCUACACUUUCCAAAUUAGAGAGUCAAAGAUGAAACACAUUGUAGCACUCAGACAGAAGUUUGAAGAAGACAAAAAGAAGAUCCACCAGAUAAAGCAAAACCGUAGAUUUAAACCAUUUUAAAAUAAAAGUUAACAUUUAAUUUA